CUCCCUUCAUGCCACCACCACCGCCAGCAUGGCCGCCACCACGGGCACCUCGUCCUCGCCGCCGCAGCUCCCGGUCCACGGCGGCCUCCUGCUCCUGCUCCCUCUCCUGACCAUUACCUCCGCCGCGUCGUCGGCGCCGCUGCCCCUCCUCGCGCUGCUCUCCCUGAAGUCGUCCCUGCACGACCCGGCCGGCGCACUGCGCGCUUGGACGUACGCCGCUGCGGCGUCCGCGGGCGCCACGCGGUCGCUGGCGCCGCCGUGGUGCGCGUGGCCGGGCGUGUCCUGCGACCCGGCCACGGGGGACGUCGCCGGGCUCGACCUCUCCCGCCGCAACCUCUCCGGCACCGUCUCCGCCACCGCGGCCAGGCUGCUGGCCCGCACGCUGACGUCGCUCAACCUCAGCGCGAACGCGUUCGCGGGGGAGUUCCCGCCGUCGGUGUUCCUGCUCCGGCGGCUCCAGUCGCUCGACGUCAGCCACAACUUCUUCAACGGCACGUUCCCCGACGGCGUCGCCGGGCUCGGCGGCUCGCUCGCCGCGCUCGACGCCUACAGCAACUGCUUCGUCGGCUCACUGCCGCGCGGCCUCGGCGAGCUCCGCCGGCUGCAGAGUCUCAACCUCGGCGGCAGCUUCUUCAACGGGACCAUCCCAGCCGAGAUCGGCCAGCUCCGUUCGCUGCGGUUCCUGCACCUCGCCGGGAACGCGUUAACCGGUCGGCUCCCUUCGGAGCUCGGCGGCCUCGCGUCGCUCGAGCAGCUCGAGAUCGGAUACAAUGCAUACGACGGCCGCAUUCCCACGGAGCUCGGCAACCUGACGCAGCUCCAGUACCUCGACAUCGCGGUCGCCAACAUGUCCGGCCCGCUGCCACCGGAGCUCGGCAAGCUCGCGCGGCUCGAGAAGCUCUUCCUGUUCAAGAACCGGCUCGCCGGUGCCAUACCGCCGCAGUGGUCCCGCCUCCGCGCGCUGCAGGCCCUCGACCUGUCUGACAACCUGCUCGCCGGCACCAUCCCGGCAGGACUCGGGGAUCUUGGCAAUCUCACAAUGCUGAACCUCAUGAGCAACUUCCUUUCCGGUACAAUCCCGAAGGCGAUCGGCGCGCUGCCGAGCCUCGAGGUGCUGCAGCUCUGGAACAACUCGCUCACCGGACGGCUGCCGGAGUCGCUCGGCGCGAGCGGGCGGCUCGUCCGGGUGGACGUGUCGACCAACUCCCUGUCCGGCCCGAUUCCUUCCGGGAUGUGCAUCGGCAACCGUCUCGCCCGCCUCAUCCUCUUCGACAACCAGUUCGACUGGACCAUCCCAGCGAGCCUGGCCAACUGCUCGUCGCUCUGCCGAGUCCGGCUGGAAUCUAACCGCCUGUCUGGCGAGAUCCCGGUCGGGUUCGGCGCGAUCCGUAAUCUGACAUACCUGGACCUGAGCUCCAACUCACUCACCGGCGGCAUUCCUGCUGAUCUCGUGGCUUCUCCGAGCCUCGAGUACAUCAACAUCUCCGGCAACCCCGUCGGCGGCGCGCUCCCGAACGUGUCGUGGCAGGCGCCGAACCUGCAAGUGUUCGCAGCGAGCAAGUGCGCCCUGGGCGGCGAGGUCCCGGCGUUCCGCGCCGCGGGGUGUUCGAACCUGUACCGGCUGGAGCUGGCAGGGAACCAUCUCACUGGUGCCAUCCCUAGUGACAUCAGCACCUGCAAGCGGCUGGUGAGCUUGAGGCUGCAGCACAAUCAGCUCAGCGGCGAGAUCCCAGCAGAGCUCGCCGCCUUGCCGUCGAUCACUGAGAUCGACCUGUCCUGGAACGAGCUCAGCGGCGUCGUCCCGCCGGGCUUCGCUAACUGCACCACGUUGGAGACCUUCGACGUGUCCUUCAACCAUUUGGUGACCGCUGGCUCGCCGUCAGCGUCGUCACCAGGCGCCCGUGAGGGGACCGUUCGGCGCACCGCGGCAAUGUGGGUUUCUGCCGUGGCAGUGUCCUUGGCGGGGAUGGUGGCGCUCGUCGUCACCGCUCGCUGGCUGCAGUGGCGCGAGGACGGCACUGGCGCGCGGGGGGUUGGUAGCAGGGGCGGCGCAGGUGCACGCCCCAACGUGGUCGUCGGACCGUGGCGGAUGACCGCGUUCCAGAGGCUCGACUUCACCGCCGACGACGUGGCGCGGUGCGUUGAGGGGAGCGACGGCAUCAUUGGCGCCGGGUCAUCGGGGACGGUGUACCGCGCGAAGAUGCCGAACGGGGAGGUCAUCGCGGUGAAGAAGCUGUGGCAACCGUCGGCGCAGAAGGAGGGAGGAGCUCAGGCGCCGGAGGAGCCACCAAAGCGGAAGGACGAGGCAGACGCGGACGACGGCAACAGGAGCAUGCUCGCCGAGGUGGAGGUGCUGGGUCACCUCCGGCACCGCAACAUCGUCCGGCUGCUGGGGUGGUGCACCGACGGCGAGGCGACGCUGCUGCUCUACGAGUACAUGCCGAACGGCAGCCUGGACGAGCUCCUGCACGGCGCCGUGUGCAGGGGCAAGCAGGCGGGGCUGGACUGGGACGCGCGCCACCGGAUCGCCGUGGGCGUCGCGCAGGGCAUGAGCUACCUUCACCACGACUGCGUGCCGGCCGUGGCGCACCGCGACCUCAAGCCUAGCAACAUCCUGCUCGACGCAGACAUGGAGGCGCGCGUGGCGGACUUCGGCGUCGCCAAGGCGCUCCAGGGCGCCGCGCCCAUGUCCGUCGUCGCCGGCUCCUACGGCUACAUCGCACCAGAGUACACGUACACUCUCCAAGUAGACGAGAAAAGCGACGUGUACAGCUUCGGCGUGGUGCUGCUGGAGAUCCUGAUCGGCCGGAGGUCCGUGGAGGCGGAGUACGGCGAGGGAAGCAACAUCGUGGACUGGACGAGGCGUAAGGUCGCCGCCGGCAACGUGAUGGACGCGGCGGAGUGGGCGGACCAGCAGACCCGCGAGGCGGUGCGGGACGAGAUGGCGCUGGCGCUGCGGGUGGCUCUGCUCUGCACCAGCCGGUGCCCGCAGGAGCGGCCGUCGAUGAGGGACGUCGUGUCCAUGCUGCAGGAGGUCAGGCGCGGCCGGAAGAUACUAGCUCCUGGGAUGGCCAAGAAGCAGCCAAAGAUUAAUUAACAACCACCACGUGUGUUACGACUUGCGUGUAGGUGUAUUAUUGUACUACUACUCACUAUGAAAUCGUACUUACUUUGUCGUGUAGUCAUGUCAUGUAUAAUGUCUUACUAGAUCACUCAUCACUGUAUGAGUACAUUAAAGUUUCAAGACUUUCAGAGGUCAUAUUUCAAUGGUAGGCAGACCGAGUUGAAAUAUAUAUUCCAGUUUUCUU